UCUGCAUAUGGAGUUGGUCUUAAGAAACUGACAAUAAUUUCAGGUUCAAGAAUAUAGUCUCAAACACAUUCUGAUAUUUUCAGAUUCACCAUCCAAAACCAAUCCUUGUUUUUCCAUUUUCAUUCUUUGAUAAAAAAAAAUGAUGAUAAAAAUAACAGCAAUGCUUGCUCUUCUCCUAUACACAUGCCUCCUAGUCUCAGCUUCUGAUUCAGAUCCACUGCAAGACUUCUGCAUCCCCAGACCUGAACUCUCGCCCCUCUUUGUCUCCUGCAAGAACUCGUCCCUUGUCACGGUGGAUGACUUCGUAUACUCUGGCGUAAAAGCCUCAGGAGACAUGAGCAAGACGGGAUUCUCGUCCAUCCCAGUUAGUGCAAGCGUCUUCCCUGGCCUCAACACAUUAGGCAUGUCCGUUGUCCGUGCAGACUUUGAGCCCGGCGGCAUCAACGUGCCACAUUAUCAUCCACGAGCAACUGAGGUAGCGUUCGUGGUGGAGGGAAGAAUCUAUUCGGGCUUUGUGGAUUCAGAGAACCGCGUAUUUGCUAAGGUUAUUGACAAGGGGGAGGUCAUGGUGUUUCCUAAAGGUUUGCUGCAUUUCCAGAUGAAUGUGGGCGAGGCGCGGGCCACCAUCAUCGGGAGCUUCAACAGCCAGAAUCCUGGUUUGGUGAGAAUCCCAUCUGCUGUGUUUGGAUCGGCCAUUAAAGAAGAGCUUUUGGAGAAGGUCUUUGGAUUGAAUGAUAGGGAAUUGGCUAAGUUGAGGAAGAAACUUCUUACUAUUAAGGUAUAGCAGUAGCAGAUUUCUUUGUGUAGAAUUAAUUGUUGCAACUGAAAUUUAAUUGUUAUCAGAGAAUCAAGUUUAGUUCAAUGAAAGUUGAGAGUUAUAUGUUU